UUGCGAUUUCUCUCAGUGAUUUCCCCUCGCUGAUUGAUAGAGAAAAAGAGUUCAGAGCAGCCAACAAGCAGACCGUAUCGUACCAUGGCCUGCCACCACUCCAGCGACACGCACACGCGAAGAAAAGGAAAAAGAAGCAUACGACGGCCGAGAUCGAGCUAGAAACCACGACAUCCAUUCAUCCAUCCAUCCAUCCGUCACUUGCGCAGCAAUAUCACAUCACAGCCAAACGCUGACUCACGUCAGCCACCCACGCAAUCGGCGUGAGCCCGUCUUCAGUCACGGCAGACCAGAAAGGCUUGAACGGAGGGCCGGAAGGAGGACGGGGCUUGGAAGACAUAGUGAGCGAGUCCCUGUCACUGUAUGGUGCACUCGAGAGUCCUGAUGCCGACGGUCUCGCCCUCACCGCCGCCCUCCGACCCCCGACGAGUAGCUGCCGCCACCAGAUGCCUGGCAUACCACAACGCCACAUCCACAAAGGGGGCAUGCACAUGAAAGGAUGCAGGGACGGACAGGCAUGGUGCAUGCGCUCCUUACUGAAGGACGUGGGGUGACAGGUCGCGUAAAUGAAGUGUCUGCAUGGACUCACGGUCCAUCAGCUCCUGGUUGCCCCGCACCAGCUGCUCCAAACCGUCACCCGACUGGAGAUACAUACGCAAUACACACAUCCACACAUGCACAGUGUGCACACCUGUAUGGGAGUCUUCUGCGUAUGUUCCUGCCUCUAUUAACUUACGAUGUGAAAGGGUGCGGGACUGGUGGGUCGCCAGAUCUGGACGUAGUGAUCGAUGCCUGCUGAGGCCAGCAUGCAAGUGCGGGGGUGCACCUGCACACAAUUGACCACAUCACUGUGGCCCUUGAGCACAGUCAGCAACGAUCCUGCAUACAUCCAUCCAAAAACAAACAAAUACAGCCCCAGAUGACCAACCAUCCCGCAUUUCUUUGCAUCAUUUUGUAGAUGCUCACCGUCUGCGGUGCUCCAGACCAGAAUGGCACCAUCGUCGCUGCCCGAGAGCAGCGCCUUGUCGCCCCAGAAUGCGCACUCCUUGAUGUCUGUCCUCGAGUUGCAGUGGCCCGAGAACCUGCCGACAGGCAUACGCGUACAAAUCCGGCAGCCAAGUCGAUGCAACCAGGAGUCUCGGUCAGUAUUUGAUGAGAUAUCACCUGACGGCCCGGCCCCUCGGCCGCCAGUCGACGUCAUCCAGAGUGCUGAGCCACGAGGGUCCUUCCGGAUCUGUCGGCGACUCCUCAUCUUCCUCUGUCUCGUCUUCAUCCUCUCCCUCGUCACCACUGGCUUCGUCGCCCCACCCUUGCCCAUCACCAUCACCGCCGCGCACACGGGACGACAGCUCGAUGAAGCGCAGCGUCGUGCGGCAAAUGCCGGGGCGCACGGGGCUCCUCUGGCCCUCCUCGCUGCUGCUCCCACGAUCCUGUUGCUGACCAUGCUCCUGCCCCUGCCCUUCUCUUUCUCCGCCCAGCGCCCCCUCCAUCUCCACUUGCAUCUCGAUGCCGCUGCUGCCCUGAUCCUGCUCAUGUUCACGGUCCACAGAUGGGGUGAUGCCCUGCUGGCCGCCGUCGACGGGGACGAUGGCCAGCUGGUCGGCCCCCUGCUGAUGGUCCGCAUCGGCAUCGGCUGAUGUGUCAGUUUGUGAUUCCUUCUUGCGUCGCCGGAAGAUGCGGUGGCGCCAUCCACCGAAGGCCGGGAUGGCAUAGCGAUAGCAGGACGAGAGGACCGGGUGCAGCCAAGUGGGGUCCGUGGCCUCCUGCUGCUGGUCGGCCUCUACACACCUCUCGCACGGGUCACCUUCGUCCAGCGCUUUCAACUCCUCGUCGAGCGAACUAGCCCCCCUUGCACUCUCUACCCUGCUGUCAGCGCUGCUCGCCGCCUGCGUCUCGGCAGAGGAGGAGGCCACCCUCCCGUCGGUGCUCUCACGCCCCGCACCCUCCGUGUCGCACACCCGCUGCUUCUUGUUGACGCCGCCCUCCUCCUGGCUGCCGGCCGGCGACCGGGCCUCAUCAGACGCACGCUUCGGCGCCCCAUCCAGCGCCAGCUGGCGCAGCGCCGGGCUGACGGUGGCCUUGCUGAGGUCGUCUUGUGCUGCGGGAGGGGGAGAGGGGGAAGGGCCGGUCGCACUUGUGUCGUCCUGCAUUGCCUGAGGACCUGAUAGCGACGCUGCUGGUGUUGGAGAUGGAUGUGAGGGUAGCGGUAGGGGUUCGAGUGAGAGCUCCUCCUCUUGCUGUGAGUCGUCCUGGCCGGUGUCAUCCUGCUCAGAUGAAGAUUGAGAUGAGUCAGUGCUGGACGAAGCGUCGGGGUUGAUCAGAAAACGGGUGGCGAACACACGACGACGCACCUACAUGCAUGUACAGUUGCACGCAGAGGGGAAUGGUCUUUGCAUGCUUCUGUACAUGUAUGUGCACGUCUCACCACUGCCCUGCUCUCCUGUUGCCCCUCUCGCCCCUCCUCUGUCUCGCCACCGUCCCCCUCUCCACCACUACGCCUCUCCUCCGCUGUGCCGCCCUCUCCUUCGUGUGAUGGGGACGCACCAUUCCCAUCAUCAUGACCCAUUGCUGCCUCUGGUGCUGGUGCUUGUGGUGGUGGUCCGGGGGAAGCACUCUCCUCCUCUCGUGACGGCUGUGAGGGCUCCUCAGGAAUGGUGUCUGGCUGGUCGUCGGGGCGGCUGAUGACGCGGGGCAUGCGUAUUCGCCGGUGUCGCUGCCGCAGUGCCACCUUCUGCCGCUCCCUCAGCUGGUGGUCUACGGCCGCUGCGAACGUUUGGAACUCCUGAACGUGGGGAAAUCUCUGUGCGGCCUCCCGAGCCAGCCUCAGAGACAACGCUGUCUGACCGGCGUUGCGGCACCCCUGCAUCCGCCUGUCAAUCCACAUCACACCGAUGCACAGAUUGUGUGCCGGAUUGUGUGCCUUCCCGCCAUCUCUCACCUGUAGAGGCUCUUGUAGUUGGUCCUGUCCAUCUCGUGUGCCUCAGCGCCGUCACACGCAGCAGACAGCCCGUCCCCACGGCCGCCACGGCGGAUGAGGGCCAGCGCACGGUUGCAUAGCAGAGGAACGAGGACCUCCACGCCAGCAUUGCGAGACCGUGCGAUGCGCAGGGCCGCCGUGUACCGCUCGAUGGCGGCGCUGAAGUGCAGCUGGCUCACUGAUGGAUGCAUAAGGUACCAACAGGACAUCGUAUCAUUCAAAUUGUUCAGGUGCUGGAUGGCGCCGUCUCACCCAGUUCGUUGCCUUGCCUCUGCAGCGUCCGCACGAGCUCAAACUCGUCAUCCGGCAUGUUUGCGGAGUCCCCUUUGCCGUUCGAAGCACAGCCCAACCUCUGAGGUCCGUCGGUUGAGUCGCCUGCCGUCUGCUGGCCAAAGGGGAAGACGUACAGCUGCUCGGCGCUGUAGCUAACAGCGACCUGCCGACGUAGUCACGAUGGAAUUAUGAAUCCAGAUGGGCCGUGCCUGCUUUGCGUACCUGUUUGCCAUCCGGCCGCCAGGUCACGUGUGUGGCGAAAAUCAGGUGCCUGGAGGUCGGCCGGCCCCUCCCCGUCUGCUCGAAUGGGGCACUCCACAGCUCCCUCGGGCACAGGAUGUCACAUGGGGGUGCGCUCUCGUGCAGUGGGGUGCCCUGCAGACUGUGCAGCGUCAUCUUGCGCCGAUCGUAGAUGCGCACCAGAGGAUCAGACGCCCCCACUGCGAUGUACUCCGGGCGUAUGGGGUGCAAUGCGAUGCUCUUGACCUGAGCGCGAUAGACGAUAAAGACUCACAGAUGGGCAUCUACCGUCAUGCCCCUCAUCUCACCUCUCCACUGGUGGUCCGCUGCCAUUUCAUCUCGUCGAGUAUUCGCGUCAGGCGACGAGCUCGUUCGCCCUCUGACAGUGAGUACCAGUGCUUUCGCAGCAGGCGCUUCCUGGUGCCAUCUGUCGGUGGUGCGAUUGAUGACGGGUCUGUCAGCUGAAUGGCCGAUGGUGCGAUCUGAGGCUCCACGGGGCCACGGGAGAGGUUGAUGACCACCUGAGGAAGGGACGGAGCAGGCAGAGGGAAGGGGCACCGUGAGUAUUUCUGAGCGCAUCUCUUUCCGUCCGUUGGUGUACGUUGGGAUCUCACGUUGGGAUCUCUUGCGCGUCGCCCGACGUCCAUUCGGGAGUCGUAUUGACGCACUGUGCCUGCGGGAGCGGGAGGCAGGGAGAAAUGUGUUAUUCUUUUUCGAUGCAUGAAUGUCGGCGUACCAUCCUCACUCGCACUCCAGAAGAGGGAUGGUACGCCGGGAUGGGUGGCCACCUGCUUGAUGCGAUUCGAGUGACACUCGUAUAUUGUGCUGACAAACACAGAUGGACGGGCACUCAGGUGAGCGCACUUUGUGUUUGUGCAUCCAUCCAUCCAUCCAUCUGUGUACCGUUUGUUCGGUGUCUGUAUGCUGGUCAGCCUGACUUCGUGAUCCAUGGCGCCCGUCACGAUGUACUCAUCGUUGAGGAAGGCGACACCAAAGAUGUUGUACGCGUGGCCUGCGCACACAACCAAACAGUCACUCACUCACUCAUUAAAUUCACACAGGGGGACGUGUGGCAUGUCACAUGGCUCCACCUGUUUGAAUGCGGUGUUUCACUUUGGUCAUGUUGGCCGUGGUCCAAAGCAGCACCGUACAGUCGUCACUGCCUGGGAUAUCAGUCAGACCACAAGACAAAUGAAGACAGGAAGGCAUAUACACAUCAACAACCUCGCCCCAACAGCCUACCAGAUGCCAGCAUGCUUCCUCUUUCGUUCCACGCGACACGAUUGACACAACCAGAAUGACCUGCAAGCAGCAACCGAAACAUACAGACACACAAAUGAAACAACAGUGGCUGCAUCAUCUCAUAAACAACUGGUUCCGUCACAUCUGAGUCAUUUUCGGUGCGCACCUGUGAGUCGUUCCGCACAGGCCAUUCUUUUGAUGAGGCUCUCGUGGCACUGCAGCUGCUGCCGCACUCUCCCAUCAUCCCCUUGAUGACGGCGCCGGUUCAGCAGGUCUACCAGAGGCUCGCUGUGACCCAGAAGAGGACAGCGGCGGGACGAACAGCAGCCGACUUGCUCGCCGUUCGUGCCUCCCGACAUCUCACAAACUUCUUCC